AACCCUCGGAGCCCUGCCAGCAAGCUCUUCUGUCAUUUGUUUGCAGGCAGCCAGCCUGGGGAGGUCCAGAUCCUCCACCUGCUGCUUUGCCGCUCCUUUCAGCUCUCAUACCUCUUGCAGCACCCUGAGGAUCAAGCCCAGCCUGGGCCGGGGCCACCUGUGGAGGAGCCCCCCAAGCCGCCGCCCAGCCCCGCGGGUCCUGCUGGGCUGAUCAGGGAGCCCUUUGGCCGGGAUCAGGUCUCCCAAAACGUCCAUGCUCUGGUCUCGUUCCGGCGGCUGCCCGCCCCCGCUGAGGGGCUGGCAGGCUGCAGCGCGAAGGAGAUGUCUGAGGCAGAAGGUCGAGGGGCCACCCCCCGUCAAUCCCGCCUGGGGAACCCUUACUGCUCCCCCACCCUCGUGCGAAAGAAGGCGAUUCGGAGCAAGGUGAUCCGAUCGGGGGCCUAUCGCUGCUGUACCUACGAAACCCAGCUGCAGCAGUCUGCGCGGGAGGCCUUUCCUGAUGCCUGGGAGAGGUGGGCCCAGGGAGCCAGUGGUCUGGCCUGCCUGGUGGAGAGCGAGGGAAGCCUGACUGAGAACAUCUGGGCCUUCACCGGCCUCUCUAGGGCCCGGGCACUCUCCCUGCUCCGAAGAGAUGUCCUUGGGGCCUUUCUGCUGUGGCCCGAGUCUGGUCCUGGAGGCCAGUGGUGCCUGUCAGUGAAGACACAGUGUGGCGUGGUCCCCCAUCAGAUCUUCAGGACUAACUUGGGCAAGUUCAGUGUGGAACAUCUGCCGACAGAAUUCCCCAGCCUGGAGGCCUUGGUGGAGCACCAUUCAGGAGCUGAGCGUAGCCUUUUCUGCCCCCUGGACAUGGGACGUCUGAACCCCUGCUAUGAAGCACAGGACUAUGGGCCCAGCCGGCCUGCAUGGCCCCGUGGCCACCCCAAGCAAGAGCCCCGGCAGCAAGAACUGGGCUAAUGCCAGUUUUGGGGAUGCCAGAACUCAAGUAGUGUGUGUGCGUGUAAAUUUUAAGUUAUUCCCCUUGGGUUUUCCCAGUCUGAGAAAUCUCUUCCCUUGGUGCUGUUUCCUUGUGGAGCAAAGCCCUGAGUGGGGAGUCACUCUGUCUGGCCAUCUCUUGGACACACACUCUCUCCCUUCCUCCCUCUCUCUCCCUCUCUGUCUCUGUCUCGCUCUCUCUCUCUCUUCCUUCAUCUCUGUCUCUGUCUCUCUCUCUGGCUGUCUCUCUGUCUCCUUCCUCUCUCUCUCUGUCUCUCUCUGGCUCUCUCUCUCUCUCUCUCUCUCUCUCUCUCUCUCUCUCUCUCUCUCUCUCUCUCCCUUCAUCUCUCUGUCUCUCUCUCUCCCUUCAUCUCUCUCUCUGUCUCUCUCUCUCUCCCUCCCUCCCUCCUUCCCUCUCUCUCUGAACUGAGGCAUAGUGGGGAGAAAAUCUGCAGCCUUCCCUUGCUUUGCUGUGUUAUGGCCAAGGAGACAGUUGCUCAGCUUGGUUGGCCUGGCUGCCUCCAUCAGAGAUCUUCCCUUUGGAGCAUGGAUGGAUCUCAGCCUCGGGGGCCCUGGGACUUUUUAACCCGAGCUCACCCCCCCCCCCGAGUCUGCUUCUACCCUCCAUGGGCUCACCCCAACCUCUGCUUCCAGCUUUCUUAUGGAUGUGUUAUUUUAUUCAGAAAAUCCUCUGGGGGAGGUGGAGGGAGGACAGACAUGCAAGCAUCAUCACUGAAAAAGACCUGGGUUUAAAUCUCUGCUCUCAUGACCUUCAGCAACUCAUUCUUUUCUCUGGACUGCGUUUUUUUCCUCUGUAAUGGAAAGGGAGGCAGUGGAUAGAGUGCUGGACCCGGAGGCAGAAAUACCUGGGUUUAAAUCCCACCACAGAUACUAGUUGGGUGACUCUGGGGAAGUCUCUGACCUUCUGGCUGUCUCAGUUUCCUCAUCUGUAAAAUGGGGAGGAGGAAUUGGACUCAAUGACCCAGCUCCAAAUUUAUGAUCUAUGUUAAAGAUGUUGGACCAGACGGUCCCUAAUGUCCAAGGAUUCUGGGCUCUGUUCUGAUAGUCCCUAUGGUUGGGGCUGAAGGUGCUUCAAGGCAUUCAGUGAUCUGGGAUUCUUUGAUCCUUGAUUGACACAUUUGGAAAAGUGGCCCCCAGGUCCAGGGGAAGGGAAGGAGGAAGGGCUGAUUUGGUCUUGAGCUGCCACUUGGGGUUGGUUGAGGCCUUUUUCUUUUUUGCUAGAGGCCCAUGGUUAAGGUAAGAGGAAUGCUGGGAAGGCUGCUGCAGAAAUGCUGGAGAGGGAACCAUCUCUUCCUCUUGCCAUGUUUAUACCAUCAGCGUAGGGCCAGGUAGUCACAGCAGCUGGCCAGGGGCUUCUACAAUAUAACUCAGUGCACCAAAUAACACGAUUCUGGGGCUUUGAGUUGGAGGGGACCUUAGAGAUCAUCUAGUCUAGCCCUCUCAUUUCAAGGAGAGGGAGGUUCAAGUCAAGAAGAGGAAGGUGAUUUACUCAAGGUCACAUAGUCAGUAGAUGAACCCAAACUUUGGCACUAGGUCUGGGUUACCUGAAAGAAGUAGGGAGUGAAUUGAGCUCAGUAGACUAGUUCCUGGGUCUCUAGGCUUUGAGGUUCACCAGGUACUUUCUUCGAAAUCAUCCCCACAAGAAUGGAAACUGAGGGAUCUUUUCCCCUUCUUUUCACAGAUAGGGAAACUGAGGUCUCAGGGAGUGACUUGUUCAGUUGGGCAGCUAUGCAGCUAUUCAGUGUCAGAAGUGGGAUUUGAAUAUAUUUGCUAAAUCCACACAUCUCCAGAUUCUCAAAACUCUUUUUUCCCCUCUCUAUCUCAGCUCCCUCUUCUUUUCUCCUUCCCUUGGCUUCCUGUUUAUCUUUAUCUCAUCUCAUAUUCCCUUUUCCCUCUCCAUCUCUGUCUCUUUCCCAUUCUCCCAAACAGCUUAGGGCUGUGGACUUAGAGUUAAGAAGUCUAAGUUGAAAUCUUGCCUUAAAUUAACACUGUGAGACUCUUCACUUUAACUUCUGUGGCCUCAGUUUCCUUAUAUGUCAAAUGAAAGGGCUGAACUCGGUCUCUUACCUUACAGCUUUUUUUUUUUAACCCAUACCUUCCAUGUUAGAAUCAAUAUUAAGUAUUGGUUCCAAGGCAGAAGAGCCCUAAAGGCUAGGCAAUGGGGGUUAAGUGACUUGCCCAGGGUCACACAGCUAGGAUGUGUCUGAGGUCACAUUUGAAUCCAGGACCUUCCGUCUCUAGGCUUGACCACUGAGUCACCUAGUUGCCCCUGCCUUCCAAGCUUUAAAUCGAUGACCCUUUGCUCUCCUUUGGCCAACUGGAGCCAAGAACCAAGUAGGACCUACAGAGUUAAGACUUUAGUAUCAGGAGGUAAAAACAACUCAUUUAAGUUCUAUGGUCUUUGCUUCUCUGUCUUGUAUCAUCCCUUGCAAAACUGCAAGUUUGCAUCUCAUGCCUGGCUUCAAUGGCAGAGCAUUCAAGCACCGGUAAGGGUGGAAGGAGAGGCCAGAGAGUUGGGUAAGAAACUUUGAGAAGGUGAAAGAAUGUGAACUUUGGUCCAGGCUGGGCUCCCAAGGGGUUUUGGGUAAUCUAACUUAGAGAAUCCUGCUUUCAAGUAUGGGAAGUGAUAAGAUGUCCAAUAGACUUUCACAGCCUUGACCUCAGAGGGGGUAAACCAGGAGCAGAGAAUGGAAGUCACUGAGAGGCAGAAUUCAGAACUUCUUAACAAUUAGAGUUAUCCAUGAGUAGAAUAGGCUGCUGGGUGAGGUAGUGAGUUCCCCAUCACUGAAGUUGAGUCUUGAUGAUUCCUUGUCUGAGAUAACUUAGAAGGAAUUUCUAAUCAAAUAGGAGCUUAGACUAGAUGACCUCUGAAGCUUCCCAUGCUCCGGUUCUGGGCUAGUUUCACAAUACAGGUAUUCCUCCUUUUAAGUAACCAUGAUGGGCUCUUUCAGAUUCAUCUUCAAUGUGCUGAAUUCUCAAAGGUCUCCUCUUGUUCUAGCUGACCUUUGCAUGUAAGACAGUGGAUUUCCUAUGUGCUUUCCCCUCACCACAAAGGAUUAGAGCCUGGUUGGAUUGGGUUCUUUAAAUUCUCAAACCCAGGGACACAAAGAGGGAAGCAAGCUACUCAGUCACUGUGUGACAUGGGCAUAUUUCCUUUCUGGGGGCCUCAGUUUCCUUAUCUGUCUAAUAAAGGGUUUGGAUGAGAUCUCUUCCAAUUUUCAUCAUGACAGUUGAAUGUGAAAGAGUUGCUGAUGGCCAAUGACUGAUUUCCGAGUUCAAGAAUUAGCUUCUAUGUAGCAGGACCUGGGGGAAGCUCCCAGGCUCAUUCUUCCCCUUUGCCAGUUUUCUCUUGGGGGACUUUUUCUGAAACGAAGUGUCACGGGCAGGACUGGACUGGACUAAAUUCUGGAGGGGGUGGGGAGUGUUAAGAGGGGUGGCUGUUAUCAAUAAAAACAUUUCUCUGAAGAUGAAUGGGAAAA